AUGUCAGAUUUGAACCAAAGUACCAAGAACAUGAAGCCAUUAGAUCUGUUCUCACAGGAUCCGCUGGUGAAUAAAGCUGCCAUAUACGUCAAGGACUACAUGAGCAGAUUCGAUGCUUCGCAUGACUGGCAGCAUAUUCUCCGUGUCAUGGCCCUUGCACACAGAAUUUAUCACACCAUGACAGCGAAUUCACAGCACGGAUAUCCAUUAAGCCUUCGCACAAUCACACUCUCCGCGCUUCUUCAUGAUGUCACGGACACAAAGUAUCUGGUACCCAGUCAAACCUCAGCUUCUCUCAUCACGAACUUGCUUGUGGAUUGGGGCGCAGAGCGAUCCUACGCGUGGGAAAUUCAAUCUAUCUGUGAGGGAGUCAGUUAUCGCACUGAGGUGAAGGAUCCGUUAAAAGUGCAAGAACUACUCCAAAAAUACCCUGAAUUGGCGGUCGUCCAAGACGCCGACCGUUUGGAUGCUAUUGGCGCCAUAGGCAUUGGCCGUUGCUUCACAUACGGAGGCGCGAAGACCACCAGGUCGCUAGACGACUCCGUCGCACAUUUCGAUGAGAAGCUCUUGCAUGUGGCAAAGAUGAUGAAAACAGAUGUUGGAUUGGCGAUGGCAAAGAGCCGUACAGAACGGCUGGAAGCUUUUAAAAAUUGGUGGUGCGAUGAAUCCAUUCUGGUGUAG